CGCCUGCGCCAUUUACCUCAGCGUUACAGACCGGUGGGUCUCGCGGAUCACGCAGCAGAACCACCUGGAGGGCUUGUGGAAACAGAUCGCCGCCCCCAUCCUCAGGGUUCGCCACUCAGUCAUCUAUGAUGCCAUUCAAAACCUGGAUAAGAAAUUUGAUGUCAUUCAUGGAAAAGUUUCAAAAAUCCACCGUUUACGUGUGAAAUCAAUAUGGCAAAAUCGCAAGCCAUUUGGAUAUGCAUACAAAACUUACAAUUACCUGCUUUCCAGAAAGAUGAGGUUUCAGAAAAUGAGGAAAAGGGAGACUUCUUUCUUAUCUGAACCUAAAAGCUAUAGCCCAACUAUUCCAGUAGAAAGACCCAACUAUGAUUUCCAGAGCAGCUCUCUAGAAACAUCUUACCAUGCAGAGCCAGAGUCCCCAGAACGGGAUCUAGAGUCAGUCUACCAGCGGCAGGAAUCGCGCAUGAACCAGAGUCCAUCGCUUCUCUCCAUCUUCACUGCACAGUCACACCAGCCAUAUUUCACACCCGAUCCAGUACAGGAGGGCUCCUCUUGCAUACCUUGCUAUGAUACCCCAGAGGCCCACAGCACCACCAGUCUCUUCUUACCUAUCCAAGCAUCCACGGCGAUACCUGAAGGCUCGUUGACACAAGCUGAUCCCGGUUCACCAGAGAACCCUGACAUGAUGGCUUUUCCAAGUUCACUGGAAAAUGAGAGGCUCGGCCAUACUGUCUCAUCCCUUCACAUCCCAGGCAACUUUGCUACAAGUUCACCAGUUGGAAAUAAUCCACGUGUCCUGAGAGACUUCCCUGCGGACCCUUCAACCUGGUCUGUGGAUGAAGUGAUCCUGUUUCUGAAACAAGCAGACCCUCAGACACUCACCCCUAUCGCUGACCUCUUCAGGCAACAUGACAUUGAUGGGAAGGCUCUGCUACUCCUCAAGAGUGACAUGAUGCUGAAGUACAUGGGGCUGAAGCUGGGGACCGCCGUGAAGUUGUGUCACUACAUUGAUGGGCUUAGAGGAGAAAAACACAGUGACAAUUGAAAAAAUGUUUCUGUACACUUAGCUUGGCCUUCAUUUAGGGAGACCAGUGCCAUCUUGGGGUAAAACCGUUUCCCUGCCCUUUAGAAGUUGUUAUUGUAUAGAAGGUUCUUCUACAAACAGGUCAUAUCCAGAAUUGCAGGGCUCCAUUACAGUCUAGUCUACUAUUUUAGAAGCCAUUUAACAUGUUAGUAUUGGCAUAUUCACAUUGGUUGUUGGUUCUUUACAUCUUUUUAUUAUUUCAUUAUACAGUUUACAAAUGUACUUCAUGCAGGAAACAGAAACACCUCUAAUUUCUGUUCAUCUUUUUCUGUAGAACCAAAAUAGCUGGAUCCCAAAGAGAAAAUAUCAGGGACUGGCAAAUUCUGUAAUAAAACCCAUGAGCCUUCCUUACAAGAAAACUUAAAAGACGCAAAUAUAGAUAUCAUCUUUCUACAAUAUUUUAUGUUUGUACUGCAAGGUUCUGUUCAAAUUCUGUCAGCUUCCCAAAAGGGAAAGCCAUAGAAAUUAUUUUCCUUUCUAUUAUUAUUUCUACAUGUUAUAUUCCUAUUUUUUAAAAAAAGGCAACCUUAUAAGCUUUCUUGAAAUAUUCUUAGCAGUUUUUGGGUAAAUUAUAGAGUAGUCAUUUUAUACAAGAGAUAGUUAUUUUACAACUUCCAUAUUUUGCAUAAAUUUGGACAUUGCACCAGGCAUUCAAUGCUCACAUAUCUCUAUAAAGGUGUCUAUGUCCAGAUUUUUAAAAGAUGUUAUAUUUUAGUCUGUGUUUAUUCCUCAUAAGGAUACUGUUUCAUAUUUAUAUUUUAUUCUAUAUACGAAGUAUACGCACAAGUACAUCUUUUCUUUUUGAACUUAAAAUAGCACUUUGUACCUCCACAUAGGUAAAUAUUAACAAUAUUUAGUGAGAUGUUUUUAUUCUGUUAAAAAUACUCACAUUAUUUGCCAUCACUACUGAUACCUCUGACCUUACUCUUCAGGGUUUCCUUCCAGGGAAGUUCUCUGUCUUAUGCAAUGUUUCUAGUUAACUGCUUUCUGAGCCAAUUAUCCUACUAAAUUUGGGAAGAUAUGUUACUUCUGAUUGGUCAUUUUGAACUUUAUUUUAAAAAUUAGAACUUUCAAGUGAAAAUGUUCAUUUUUAUUGUUUUGUUAUUUAUUACCUUGUAUAACAUUUGAUGUUAUAUUUAUAAGCUGUGAGAAUUGGUGCUAAGUGUAUUAGCCAUUUGUUAUUAAAUGCCAAUAAAAUGUUCACCGGGGGCAAAAAUGUACAUUUUCCUUUUAGAAAACCAAGUGUGCUUUAUAAACACAUGCAAUUAUUUACUGGGCAUCUGUGAUUUAAAAGGUGCUUUUAUUUUUGUUUUUCAUUUCUUUUAUUUCUUAUAAGACCAGAUUCUAUUUUAAACUUGAUUUUCUCUCAAAUUGUGUGAAGAUGCCGGUGCCCGGUUGAACAGUCCUCAGGUGUGUUUGUAUGAAUACUAUGUUUUACAGUUUUCAGAUUUAAAAAUUUAAUAAAGUUUAAAAAACACAAUAAUUAA